AAAAUGGCACCAACAACCUUCCCCGACCGCACCACCCACGGCCCCUCCACCGACGCCGAAGGGAACCUCUCCGACCAAUCCACCGCAACCGGCAUCUCCUCCCCCUCCCGCGCCUCCUCCGAGAAAUCCUCCCCGCACGUAACAGCCGCUCCUCCUCUCACCGACGGCGCCACAAGUUCUGUCGCCCCCGAUGCCGAAAAGCAACAACAACCUCCCACCACCGCAGCAUGGAACGCAGGCCCCCCGCCCCCCAACGGCGGCCUCGCCGCCUGGCUCCAAGUCGUCUCCGUCUUCUUCAUCUUCUUCAACACCUGGGGCCUGCUCAACACGUUCGGCAUUUUCCAAACCUACUACGAAUCAUCCGAAUCCAUCUUCCAGCCGCCUGGUUCCGUCUCUUCCUCCAACAUCAGCUGGAUCGGCUCCAUCCAGUCCUUCAUGGUGCUUUUAGGCGGCCUGGUCUCCGGCCCCUUAUACGACAGGGGAUACCUGAAGUACUUGAUCUACGUGGGCGCCUUCGGCGUCGUGUUCGGACACAUGAUGCUUUCGCUGGUCUCCGAGUUCUGGCAGGCCUUGCUGGCGCAGGGGUUCGUGGUGGGGCUGGGCGCAGGCAUGAUGUUCACGCCGGGCGUGACGGUUUUGCAGAGUUAUUUCUCUACGAAGAUCGGACUGGCGACGGGUUUAGCGGCGGCAGGCAGUUCGUUUGGAGGCGUGGUGUACCCGAUUGUGUUUUACCGGCUGAUUGAUCGGAUCGGAUACGGGUGGAGCGUGCGCGUGAUUGGGUUCAUUGCGCUUGCGACGCUGAUGGUUCCGGUGGUUUUCUUGAAGCAGAGAACCAAGUCCGGAAAGGUCAGGGCUCUGGUGGACGUGUCGGCUUUUACGGAUGGGCCGUACGUGUUGUUCACGUUUGGCACGUUUGUGGGGUUUAUUGGCUUGUAUGUCAUGUUGUUUUACCUGAGUUUCUUUGGGUUGAAUACGGGCGCGACGGACCCGGCUAUGGCGUUCUAUAUUGUGCCGAUUCUGAAUGCGGCGAGCAUGUUUGGUCGGACGCUGCCGAAUUGGUUGUCGGAUAAGGUGGGCCCGUUCAACAUUUUGAUUCCGGGCGCGUUGGUUUGUGGCGCUUUGACACUGGCUAUGAUGGGGGUUAAGGGUCUUGGAGCCAUCAUCGUCGUCGCUAUCCUCUUUGGCUUCUUCUCUGGCGUCUUCAUCGCCCUUCCGACCGUUUGCUACAUCGCUCUCACCAAGGACAAGUCCCGCCUCGGCAGCAGAAUCGGCCUGGGUUAUGCCUUCCUCGGUCUCGCGACCCUCAUCGGCGGUCCCGGCACCGGCGCGAUCCUACAACAGACUGGUCAUAAUGGGCAUAAUAACUGGACAGGAAUAUGGGUGUUUGGUGGUGUCAUGCUUCUUGCUGCCAGCGGCAUAUUUAUGGUCUUGAGGAGUUGGAAGUUUGGAUUCAAGUUGACGACAAAGGCAUAAACGCGGAUGAUGGCAUUACGACAUGAGACUAUAAAUGAUUGAGGCUGAAGACAAAGGGAUAUCGGUUGGGGGUGUGUAGGUGCGUGUGUAUACUACUCUAUAAUGUAAUAAAAACCUAGACUUCACUCCU